GAUAAAAGUAUCACUAGAAUAUUUAACAUGAAAAUUGUUUAUCAAAAGGAAGAAAACAUUUAAACAAUUAUAUAAUUAUUAAAAAAUUAUAAUAUUCAUUAACAUGUUAACAACUGCAUUAAAUUUUCUUACGGAUAAACGUAAACGAUUUCAUCGUUCCGAUACAAUGCCAGCUUUUACAAAUGAUUCAAAUUUCUUUAAAUUAACUUCGGAUAAUCAAAUUAUUGAAAAUGACAAACAUUUAAUUAUAGACAAAGAAAGUGAUAAUCACAAUAAUAAUGAUGAUAAUAAUAUUAAUAAUAGUAAUAAUGAUGGAAUAACUUUUACUAAUAUUCCUAAAAGAGAUAUUAAUCAUUAUCAAGGUGAAAUAUUAAUGGAUAAAAGUAUUAAUUAUCAAAAUGAAUUACCAUCAUCAACAUUAAAAAGUUAUACACAUGAAAAAUUAUUUGAAAAUAAUGAUACUAAUGAUGCAGAUGAAGAUGAUGAUGAUGAAUGUGGUGAUGAUAAUGAUAAUGAAUACAAUACUAAUCUUGUAAAUUUUCCUUCAUUAACAUUAAAUGAUAAAUAUUCUAUAGAAAAUAUAAAAAUACCAUAUAAACAACAUUUAUCAGUUGGUAACUUAGAUAAAUAUCAAUUUUUAGAUCUUGAAACAAAUUUAUAUCGUCAUGGUAAAAAUUAUUUGAAUAAUUCUAUUAAUGAAAUUAUUUCACGUCGUUUAUCUCAUGGUUAUAGUUUAAGUAAUAUACAAGUUUUAUCAGAUAAUACAAGUUUAAAAAGUGAUGUUUCUUCAUCAGUUACAUUUUCAAAAAAAACAUUUCAUGAUAUACAUCAUAUUACUAAAGAUAAAAAGACAAAUCAUUCAUCUAAAUAUAAAAAAUUUGAAAGUACUAAAUCAUUACGUUAUCCAUCUGAAUUAAAAGAAUCACAUAUUUUUAUUUCUAAUAAUUCUAAUAAAGAACAAAUUAUAGAAUCAACUAAUAAAAUAUCAAGUAAAUCAAAAGUUGCUAAAAUGCGUGCAAGAGCAGUUGCAAAAGUAGCUAAAGGUAAAUUAAAACGUUCAAAAAGUAGUGCAUAUAUGUCAAGAUAUUUUCAAGAAUUCAAUUCAAAUGAUAAUGAUAAUAAUAUAAGAGGACGUUCAUCUAGUACACAUCGUAAUAGUGAUAUAAAUUUUAAAGAUAAUCAAUUUAUACAACAAUUAUCUGAUAAUAAAAUAUAUUCUAGUUUAGUUAAAAAUUGGAUUGAUAAAACACCACGUUUACGUACAGAUAUAUCACCACAAAAUAUUAUAAAUACAAAUCAUAAUUAUGAAAUAAUAAAUAUAAAUGAAUAUUUUGAAGAACUUGUAAAUAAAUCAAAUACUUAUAAAUUUCAAAUUAUAAAUGCACAAGAUUAUUCUAAUCCACAACAUGAAAUCACUGAUAUUAUUCAUAAAUUAAAUGAUGAUAAUAAUAAUAAUACUGAUGAUAAUCCUAAUCCUAAUAAUAAUAAUAAUAAUAAUAUCGCUAUUUCAAAUAAUAAUUCUAUUGCCAAAAUUUUAUUCAAUCGUAAUUAUACUACUCAAAUACAAAAUAUAAAUAAUAUCAAAACAAAUCGUUAUUCCGUUGUAAAAAAAUUACGUAGAAAUAAUUCAAGUAUUACAUAUUCUAAUGAUCAAUUAUUAACUAUUAAAUCACAUAAUGAUCAUACAAUUAUAACAACUAAUUCAACUGCUGGUGAUUUAUUACUUCCUAUAAAUAAUUAUCCAUUUAAUAAUUAUAAUUUAAUAAAAAAUGAUAAUGAUUUAAUAAAAAAUUUAAUUGAACAAUUAUUUAUCAUGAUAAAACAUAAUGAUUAUAAUCAAUUUUUUAAAUUAUAUAAACAAUUAAAAAAAUUAAAUCAUAUACAAUUAAAACAAAUUCAUAUAGCAACUAAUGAAUAUGGUUUAACAUUAUUAGAUUAUGCACAAAUUAAUUCAUCAUUUAUAUUAUUAUCAUAUUUAUUAAUAUGUGAAUUUUUAUCAGGACCUAUAAUACAAUCAAUAUUAUAUUGUCAACCAAAAAAUUAUCAUUUACAAAAAAUUAAUAAAAUUGGUAAAUAUUUAGAAAAUUUAUUAGAUGAAAAAGAAAUUCAAUUAACUAAAUGUAAAUUAGAUACAAAAAAUACAAUUACACAUAUGAAUCAAUUAACAAUCAAUGAUAAUACUAAAUAUAAUAAUAAUAAUACUAAUAAUACUAAUAAUAGUAAUAAUAAUAAUAAUGUAAUACAAACCAAUAAUCAACAAACUAAUGAACAAAUUAAUAAUACAAUGAUAUAUGCUGAAAUUUCAAUGAAAGAAAAACAAUUACAAUUAAUUAUAGAUGAAUAUGAAUAUUUAAGUAAAUUAAUAUAUAAUUAUAAUAAAUUACCGAAAUAUACUAAACCACCAAAUAAAGUGAAUAUAUUUUUAGAUUCAUCUAAUUCUAUAUUAAUUCGUAUAAGUCCACCAAAAUAUAAUACAUUGAAUGAUAAUAAUGAUGAUGUAAAUAAUUUCAAUGAUACUAAUAUUACUACUACUACUGAUAAUAAUAAUAGUAAUAUUGAUCAUGACAAUGAAUUAGAUCAUAGUUCCUGUGAAUCAACCGAUAUAGAAUUCAUUCAUGAUUCAUUAAAUGAAGGACGAAAAAUUAAUAAUGUACAUAAUAUUCAAUUAAAUAAUUUUAUUUUACGUUAUUGUAUAGAAUGGUCAACAUGUCCAAAAUUUUCUAAUAAUGAAGUAUAUCAUUGUUUAGUACAACCACCAAUUCGUAUUAUUAAACCAGAUAUAAAUAAUAUAAAACAAAAUCAAUAUAAUAUGAUACGUGUAGGUUUUUAUUGUUUAAAUAAUUUACCUGAAAAUAAAAUGAUAUUUAUACGUGUAUAUGCAUUUUCUAUACAAGGAUGGUCUGAACCAUGUUUAGCAUAUCCUAAUGGAUUAAUAUUAUCAUCAUGGAUUAAUAAUAAAAUAUGUGAACAAUAUCAAAUGAUAAUACAACGUGAUAUAUCAAUUUUACCAUAUACAAAAUAUGUUGGUUAUGCUUUAAAUAAAGAAAUUGAUACAUAUAAAAAUGAUUUAUUUAAACAACUUUAUUUAUGGACACAUAAUUUAUCUAUAAAUUCUAAUAUUACUUAUAAUACUAUAUCAAAUAUAUCAAUAAAUAAUUUCGAUGAAAUCAAUAAAAGAACACGAUCACCAUUAUUACAAAGAAAACGUUCAUUUAGAUUUCCAUUUAUAAAUAAAAGAUUAAAAUUUAUUAAACAAACUAAAUCUGGUAUUUAUUUAGCUAUCAUAUAUCAUACACCAUUAUAUACUACUAAUAAUAAUGAAUUUAAUAAAUAUAAAUAUAAAUCUAAAAUUUUAUUAGCUGAUGAUUCUAUACCAAUAAUAAAUAUUACACGUGAAGAUUAUACUAAUGAAUCAAUGUUAAUAUCUGAUUUUAAUUGGUUACAACGUAUUAUAUCUGAUACAUUUUUUAAUAUAGAUUUACAAUUUUUAUAUGAUCAUAUACCAAAUACAUCAUUUCCAACUAAUUUACAAUUACGUAUAAAAUUAUUAGAAAUAUUACAACAAUUAAAAUUAUUAUUAAAUACAUCAAAUCUUGGUAUUAUCUAUCCAGAAAUAAUACGUUUAAGAUCAAUUGAUUCAAAUUUAAUACAAUUAAAAUCAAUUAAAUUAGAUCAUUCUGAUUUAAUACAAGAACAAAUAAAUUCAUCAAAAGUAUCCAUAGCAACAAAUGAUUCCAUGACAACAAUCAAUAAUAUUAAUUAUGAUAAUAAUAAUAAUAAUUUUAAAACAACAUCAUGUUUUUUAUUUAUAUUACUUAAACGAAUUAAUCAUAUGAAUGAUAUUUUAUUAAAUAAUAAUAAUUUAAAAUGGUGUAAUAUUGAUAAAUUUUUAAAACAAAAUAAAAUUAAAUUAAAUAAAUUAUUUGAAAUACAAUCAAAUAAUGAUUAUUUAAAUUAUAAUCUAAUGACAAAUAUAACAAAAAAUUUAUUAUUAUCAACAUUAUAUUCACAUUUAUUAACUAUACGUGAUAAUCAUAUAUAUAUAUUACCUGAAUCACAAUUAAUUAUAAAUUUAGAUAUAUUAUUAAAUUAUUCUGAAUAUAAUAAAUCUAUAUUAGAUCCUGGUUUAUAUAUUGUAUUAUUACAAAUGAAAGCAAAUAUGGAUCAACAAGCAUUAAUAUUAAUAUCGAAUACAUCAUCUAUUAUACAUAUGUUACCAUAUGAAAAAAUUCGUAAUCGAUCUCAUGUUAGUAUGGAUGAAUGGUAUAGUUUAUGUAAAUUAAUUAAUAAAACGAAUGAAAAAAUUGAUAAUCAAUUUAUUGAUUUAAAAUAUACAAUAAAACGUUUUAUUAUACAAUUUAUAAAAUCAAUAAUUAAAUUAGCAAAUCGAUUAUGUUAUAAUAUUAAUGAUAUAAAAAAAUUUCGUAUAUUUUUACCAGAAAUAAUUAAAAUAUCACCAGUACAUUCAUUUAUUAUAUUAUUACCACCAAUAGAUCAAGUAUGUUUACCACCUACAUCAACUAAAUUACCACCAAAUAAUUGUUCAUGGAUAUCAAUGACAUAUUUUGAAAGACAUUUAGGUAUUAAUUAUGAUCCAUUAUUUCAUAAACCAAUACAACAAUUAAUUUCAUUUUUAGAAUUAAUUAUACCAUUAUCACAAUUUGCUCAAAGACAAUGUUUAAAAGAAUCAGAUUUAUUACAAUUAACUGAACGUACUCAAUCAUUACAAACAAUUCAAACAAAUUUAGAAAAUAUAUAUCAAUCUAAAAGAUGGUUAAGUGAAACAAUAUCAAUUGGACGUGAUCGUAAAAAAAUGUAUAAUUUUCAUAUUACUAUAGAACAAAUUAUAAAUGAAUAUAUUGAUAUAUUAAAACCAUAUUUAAUUAAAUCAAAUCUUGAAAAUUUAAAUAAUAAUGAAACAAUAAAUUUUAAUGAUGGAUCCAUUAUGUUAAAUACUGAAAAAACAGUGAAACCUAGAUCAUCAUCUGUACAUAGUGAAUUAUUUGAUACAACUGCUAUUACUGAACAAAUAGAUAGAAGUACAUUACCUUGUUCACCUACUGAACCAAAACAUAUUGGAAAAACUUCAGUAAUACAUGUUUAUGCAGAUUAUCCAACAGGUCUUACACCUGGGGUAUCAGUACGCCUCUUAAUCAAUAUGCGUACAACAGUUGGUGAAGUAAUUGAUACUGUAGUAAAACAAUUAUUGGAAACUGCGGAUAGAAAAAAUUUUAUAAUAACUGAAAAUAAUGAUUCACCAUCUGCAUUAAAUUCAUUUGACUUUACUCGAACUAAUAUAAAACAAAAUUUAGAAAAUCAUUUAUUCUGUUUAAUUGUAUCUGUUGGUCAACUUGAACGUUGUUUACCAAACACUGUACGUUUAGCUUUACUUAGAAAACCAUGGAGAUUUGGAAAAUUAACAAUUCGUCUUCUUAGUGAUUUAUCAAAAGAUAUUCAACAUCAAAUACCUUUAAAUACUAUUGAAUCUAAAAAUUCUUGUUUAUCCGAUCAAAUUGUAUCACCUUUAUUGACAGUUACUUUUGUUAAACCUAAUUUAAAACAGGCUAAUAUUAAUUCACCUCCAGAGAUUUUACAUUAA